AUGUUUCGGAACUUUGGGAUCGGCGUCGGCGACAAGCCGUCUGGCAUCAGCAUGGAGGCGGUUGCAAAUCCGCCCAAGCCAGUCGAAAGGAUGUACACUCCAGUCAACUACCGCUACCGCAUGGCGGAGGAUGCCGAGGCCGAGGCCGGGAUUCCUGGGCCUAUGGCGCGGCCUGAGCUGCGACGAGAGGCAGACCGGCGGCGGCGGGGCUCCCGAGACGAGGGCGUGAUGGCGGCCAAAGUGAAGUCGUCCUUUCACCCGAAGCCUGGUCCGGGAAGGUCGCUGCAAUCUGGACCGAGGCCGCUGUUUGCAGAGGGGCCUGCAGGGCCCCGGCCCGGGCAAACACCGACGCCUUUGAUGAACACCUCACUCCAGGCCGUGCGGAAGCUAGCACAGCCGGCACCGUGUGCACAGCAGGUCUCCGUGAAUCCUGUCGGCCGUCCUUCUGGACUGAGGCCACCGAUGCUGACCGGGGUCCUCGAGUUUCAGACGGCACCCGCCGAGACCAGCCAGGUUUAUGCGCCACCACCAAGAGUGGCCAUGGUAACGAGCAUGCCGGCGCAUCGGCCGGCGUACUGGAUGCCUGGGUCGAUGAGGGUGUCGCCUUGCAUGUCGCCUGCGGUGCCUUCACCGAUUCCUACGUGGGCUGGCUAUCAAUCGCCUGCUCCUUUCGUGGCACUAUCGGCAUCGGCACCGCAGGUGUUGGUUCCUCCACCGCAGCCGACGGCGGAGAGCCAGGUGGAGAGGACGAGUACCCCGGAGGCUUCUGCACCGGCCGCAAACACUGCGAGCUGGGCGGAGGUGAUCUCCGGGCUGCGAAGCGAAGCCGGGGAUGGCUACUUUGUUUGCAUCAUUGGCGGUGCCGAAACGCCAGGCGCCGGAACAAUGAGCCUCUUGUCUUCCCUGGCUCAGGAACUACAUAGUCGUCUGCCACGAAGUGUGGUGUUCGUGGUUGGUACCUCUCAGGGUGUCGCAGAGGCCUUCUGCACCAGCACAGAUGCCGAGCCAGAUCGGGUUUGGAACAUCACUGAAGGCUGGCUGCAUGCGCAUGGGCUGGCCGCUGGAGACGAGCGAGAGCUUCUUGCUCACAUAGGCGACGUUUACAUUUUCGUUGAGGGCGGUGAGGAUGAAGCAUGGAUUGCCCGCAAGGCGGCCGAAGGAGGGGCAGAUCUGGUGCCCAUCAAGCGAAGCGGCGGUGCCAGCGCAGGGCUUCACAACUUCCCCGAGGAGGCGCUGCAACGCCCUCCGUUUGUGGGCGAGGCCUGCUGGGCGCUCCUGGCCGACAGCACUGCCCCUAUAGCUGCUGCCUCUGCUGCAGCGUCAGCUGCCGUCGCUGGAGCACUAGCGAAACGAUGCCGGGAGAAGCAGCCUGCGGAGGGGAGUCCCAGCUGGCUGCAGCGUACUUCCGAUUCCGAACCUCCGGGCUCGAAGGUUGCCCAGAGCCUCUUCGACACAACGACUCCAAGUUGGGCAGCAGCGAGCUGGGUGGGCGACCGGGCAGGCGGCACUGCGCCUGCAAAUGCCGAGAAGUCCGAGAAGAAGAUCUUCCAGACAUCCUCGGCACCGUUGUCCUUCACUCCAGCUGUGUGGACUUCCCCAGGGACCGCUGGCUCACUGCGCGUUCCGGCAGCGCCCUUCGCCGCACGAUGGCCAGGCAGCUUCUCGCCGCUUCCAUGGGGCCCCGGAGUGGCGAAGAUGCCGGUGCCUGUGACCAGCGGCAGCUUCACGUGGGGCGAACCCCCCAGGCGAGUCAUAGCCACUACUCAGUGGAACGCACAGGCAGUCGAGCCACGGCGUCCUCAAGGCCUUUUUCGCUCCUCCUCCGAGAUCAUCAUUGGCAACCUGGGAGACAGCGAGGAAAGGGCGCACUGCCAGAAGCCACGAGCCAGCUCACCGCUGACCACUCGCAGCCAUGCAAAGUACUUUGCAGCUGAUCAGUGA